AUGGUUCGCUUCCUUGCGCUUCUCGCCGCCGCGAGCAUCGCCGCGGCUGCUCCUGCUUGUGAUGCCGGCAAAAGCAAUGACUGGGACAACAAGGACCAUGGCAAAGGCAAUGGCAAAGACAACGACUACGGCCACGGCAAGGGCAACAACAAUGGCGGCGACUGGGGCAAUGGCCAUGGCAACGGCAAUGGCCACGGAAAUGGCAACGGCAACGGCAACGGUGGUCACGGACACCCUACUCCGACUAUCUCUGCCAGUGUCUCUUCCACUGCCGUCAACACUGCGGCCGACAUCCAGUACACCUCGACUGCCAGCGCCGAUGUGGCUGCCGCCGCCGCUACUGCCAAGACCGAGUCUCCUACCUCUCACGUCAAGGGCAAGGUCUUCGACCGCAUCAUGCAGGUCUACCUCGAGACCACCGCCUACAACAACUCCAUCGCCGACCCCAACUGCCAGGCUCUCAUCAACCAGGGUAUCCUUCUCACUGAGAUGUACGGCAUUGGCACUCCUUCUCAGCCUAACUACGUUGCCCCCGCCAGCGGUGACGACUUCGGCACCAACAGCGAUUCUUUCCUCUUGGUUGACAAGAACGUCUCCACGAUUGUCGACCUCCUCGAGGACAAGGGCAUCAGCUGGGGUGACUACAACGAGGGUCUCCCCUACACCGGCUUUGAGGGCUUCGAGUACGACAAUGAGGAGGAGGGUGACUACGCUCGCAAGCACAACCUCCUCGUCCGCUUCGACUCCGUUACGCUCAACCCCGAUCGCCUGGCCAAGAUCAAGAACCUGACUCUCUUCUACGAGGACCUCGAGAACGACCGCCUUCCCCAGUGGCUGUUCGUCACCCCCAACCUGUACAACAACGGCCACGACACCAACAUCUCCGUCUCUUGCAACUGGACCCGCAGCUUCGUCGAGCCCCUCCUCCAGGACCCCAAGUUCAACGAUGGCCGCACCCUUGUCUACAUCACCUGGCAGGCCAACGGCCAGUACCCUCUCGAACGCAACCACGUCGCCGGUAUCCUCCUCGGCUCCGCCGUUCCCAAGGAGCUCGUCGGCACCAAGGACAACGCCUUCUACAACCACUACUCUGAGCUUUCUUCCGUCCAGGCCAACUGGGAUCUCCACACCCUCGGCCGCUGGGACGUCGGUGCCAACGUUUGGAACUUUGUCGGCUCCAAGACCGGUGACAAGAUCCGCGAGUGGAGCACCAAGAUCGCCGGCGAUAUCUUUGAGAACUACUACUGGAACCAGAGCUAUGGCGGUGUCUUCAGCAGCGACUCCAACACCUCCCACUUGUACGUCGCUCCCAACCUGGACAUUCUCGGUGGUGGCUACCGUUCCAUCCUCCCUGCCAUUGCCAAGCUCUGGUACGGAUCCCGCCUUCCCGACUACUACAGGAACAUCAUCGAGCUCCCUGAUGCCUUCCACCCCCCUAAGGGCUACGAGGUCACCAUUGGUCUCACUCCCCCUGAGCCCAUUGAGACCCCUAUUCGCGUCUACCCCGCUUAA